GUUUCUAGGGAUGGGAACUUCUGGAGUUCCCAUCAUGCCUCGCGGGAGAGGCGCCCCGGCUGCCCGAAGUGGGGCCGCGCGCGGGUUCGGAGGCGGCUGAGGGCUAUUUUGUGAGGUCUUGAAGAAGAGUAUGAAUGUUUCUGAGACCGUGUUGUUCAGUGGUUCCUCAUUAGCAUCUCAGGUUCAUGCUGCUGCUGUUAACGGACACAAGAGUGCUCUUCUAAAGCAAAUAGCAGGAAACCCAGAUCUGAAAGACAAGGAGGACCAAUUUGGGAGAACGCCGCUCAUGUACUGUGUGUUGGCCGAUAGACUAGACUGUGCUGAGGCCUUGCUGAAGACAGGAAUAGAUGUCGAUAAAGCCGACCAUAGCCAGAGGACAGCUCUCCACCUCGCUGCACAAAAGGGAAACUAUCGUUUCAUGAAACUUCUGCUCGCUCGUAGAGCAAAUUGGAUGAAGAAGGAUUUGGAAGAAAUCACGCCUUUGCACUUAACUACCCGGCACAAGAGUCCAAAGUGUUUAGCUUUGUUGCUAAAAUAUAUGGCACCAGGAGAGAUUGAUACACAGGACAAAAAUAAGCAAACAGCUCUUCACUGGAGUGCUUAUUACAAUAAUCCAGAGCAUGUGAAACUUUUAAUCAAGCAUGAUUCUAAUAUUGGGAUCCCAGAUGUUGAAGGCAAAAUCCCCCUUCACUGGGCAGCGAACCACAAGGACUCAAGUGCUGCCCACACCGUCAGAUGCAUUUUGGAUGCUGCUCCCACUGAGUCUCUACUGAACUGGCAAGACUAUGAAGGACGAACACCUCUCCAUUUCGCAGUUGCUGAUGGGAAUGUGGCUGUCGUUGACUUGUUGACGUCUUAUGAGGGCUGCAAUGUGACUUCUUACGACAACUUAUUCCGAACGCCACUUCAUUGGGCAGCUUUACUGGGUCACGCACAGAUUGUCCACCUUCUUUUAGAAAGGAACAAGUCCGGGAGCAUCCCAUCUGACAGCCAAGGGGCAACCCCUUUACAUUACGCAACACAAAGCAACUUUUCAGAAACAGUGGAAGCCUUUUUGAAACAUCCUUCUGUGAAAGAUGACUCAGAUCUGGAGGGACGAACGUCUUUUAUGUGGGCUGCUGGGAAAGGCAGCAAUGACGUCAUCCAGACAAUGCUGAAUUUGAAACUGGACAUAGAUAUCAACAUGGCAGACAAAUAUGGUGGCACGGCAUUACAUGCAGCUGCCCUUUCUGGCCAUGUCAGCACCGUGCAAUUGCUGCUACAACACAACGCCCAGGUAGAUGCGACUGACGUCAUGAAACACACUCCUCUUUUCCGUGCCUGUGAGAUGGGGCAUAAAGGAGUGAUACAGACCCUCAUUAAAGGAGGAGCCAGAGUGGAUCUGGUGGACCAAGAUGGUCAUUCUCCCUUACACUGGGCGGCUCUAGGAGGGAACCCAGACGUUUGCCAAAUAUUGAUAGAAAACAAAAUCAAUCCUAACGUGCAGGAUUAUGCAGGCAGGACUCCCUUGCAGUGCGCUGCCUACGGGGGCUACAUUAAUUGCAUGGUGGUGCUCCUAGAAAACAAGGCUGAUCCAAACAUUCAAGAUAAAGAGGGAAGGACUGCUCUACAUUGGCUAUGUAACAAUGGCUACCUUGAUGCUAUAAAGCUACUCCUGGGGUUUGGUGCCUUUCCCAAUCACAUGGAGAACAACGAAGAAAGGUACACUCCACUUGAUUAUGCAUUGCUUGGAGGUCAUCAUGAAGUCAUUCAGUUCAUGCUGGAGCACGGUGCUUUAUCCAUCGCAGCCAUACAGGAUAUUGCAGCAGUCAAAAUCCAGGCGGUCUAUAAAGGGUACAAAGUCCGAAAAGCUUUCCAGGAUAGGAAAAACCUUCUUAUGAAGCAUGAACAGUUGAAGAAAGAUGCUGCUGCCAAGAAACGUGAAGAAGAAAACAGAAGGAAAGCCACCGAGCUGCAGAAAGAAAUUAAGAACUUCAAGGUCAACGGGCUCCCAUUGCAGCAGCAGGCUCAGAAGUGCCUUUUGGGGAACGAGUCAGAAACAGGGUUUCAUAUCCCACAGCGCCCCAUUCAGCAAGAUGAUGCUCAUAAGAAAAGGCCUUCCUCCAGCAACACUUUUCAAGAUCGAGCUGAAAGAAGCAGGAAAGACUCCGCUAAAAUCUCAUCGAACAAUGAGACCACCAAGAACAAAUGUCAUUCCACGGAACAGCUUGGUGAAGAUCACAAAAGAAAAAAGGAGCUUUCCAAUGCAAACCACAAAAGCAAGCCUGCCUCUGUCGCUCCUCAUCCCAUUAAGAAAAACGAUGGAUCCAAGCAUCAGGUGGUCGUGAAGCAUCAAGCUGUAUCUGCUGCCGCUGGCAGGAAUGGUAAAAAACACAAGGAAUCUGUUGCAAAAGCAAAUGGCAGCUCCUUGCAUGCCAGCAAAAGGCACAUCCCCAGCAGGAGGGCUACCAGCUCCAGGGAGAAACCAGAAGAUCAAAGCCAGUCAGUGAACGGCAACAGCAGCCAUUGUGAAGAAAUGCCGGUGUGUGCUCAAAGCAGUAACUUCACUAAUGGAAGCGCAAAGAACUCAAGGCAGUGUGAAAUGGCACUUAAAGGCAGCCCACAGUCUCUGAAAGCCAAAAACAAAGAGUUAAAUGCUGAGAGAUGGUCUCCCGCUGGCUCCAGCAGGCCUGGAAGUGCCAAGACGGGAAGUGUGAACAUCAGAAGGGACACUGUGAGGGCUGCCCUUACACAAACCAACAAGUCGGCAAAUGAGGACAGUCCCAGAAAGGCCUGCCCUUUGCCACUUCACGAUGAAAGGACUACAAGGUUGGUGCCCAACAGACCGGCAUUGGGCAGUGUCCCUGGAGACCACGCAAAACCGAGCAGGCCAGCUCUGACUGCAUCCAGGCACGCAGAAGAGCCAUCGGGCUCUCUUCAGCACGGGAGCACAAACAUUGCACUUAUUCCAGUAGCCAUCCGGAUGCAGGUCAUAGAGAAGGAAAGGGCAAGAAAGGAGUUGUUCCGGAAGAAGAACUGUGCUGCUGUCGUUAUUCAAAGGGCAUGGAGAAGCUACCAGUUAAGGAGGCGGUUCCUCCGGCUUCUUAGUACGAAGCACCAGUGCAAGGAAGAUGAAAACAAAUGGCGCCAAGAGACAGCUGCCUUUUGCAUUGAGGUUGCUUGGAAAAAACAGUUGAACCGUGCCCCAUUGAAGUCAGUUUCCCUGGGCAAGAACUUAAAACCUGCAAACAAAAGUAGCUCCGCUGUAAAUUCUCCAUGCAAGCCGUCUACCCUGAAGCAGAUAUAUGGGCGCUCUCAAGAAGGAAGAGUGUAUCACCCAACCAGACCUCCAUCCUCAAAGCAUAAAGUUUCUGAACUCCAGAUGCUAACAGCAAGCGGCUUGCGGUAUCUGUGCGUGCUGGAGAACACAGGGAAAUUUAAGCAGUAUUCAUACAAUAUGAGAGCCUCCACCACAGUCAAAACAAAGCACGCAAGAUCAAGGCACGAAAGCUAGACUGAAUUAUAACUCAAAAAGGAAAAUCAAUUCUACACGGACAUUACAUUGAUUUAAAAAACCAGCAUUUUCAUUCAUGUUAUACUGCCUAAGUGCCUAUAAAUAAUGUCAUGACAUAAGUAAUCAUUGUUCAAAUGGAUAUGGCAGUCCAUUAAACUAUACAAUAUUG